AUGAUACGAAAACGUCAAUUACCCUACGAUCAAAAUCUAAUUUGCAUUGUUUAUCAUGAUAAAAAUUUGUCAGUGCACCAUCAGGAUCAAUUGCGAUCACGUCUUGAUGAAAUUUUUCACUACUCAAGUAUUUUUACUGAUCUUAUUGAUUUCUGCUCUUAUAUCAAGGAUAAAUUUAACGGAAAUAGACUAGUAUUUAUUUUCUGUGGUAAUCUAGCUGAACAUCUAUGCUCUGUCGUAAAAACUCGUAUAAUAGAUUCAGAAAAUGUUUUUCUUUAUGAAUUACAAUUUGGCCAAGAUAGAUUAUUAUCAAACUUACCCAAUGGUCAACGAUUUCAAAAUAUUGAUUCAUUAUUUGAAAAAAUUAUUUAUGACUUAGGAGGAUUCAUCGAGAAUCAGCAUGAUCAUAACAAAGAAAUUCGACAAGAUAAUGAAUUAAACCUUCAGCAAUCCACAUUAAGUUUUGGUAUCUAUAGUCGAUUUCAACAACAAAAACCAUUUUAUUCUUUAUCUCGAGAAUCACGUAGAUUCAUUUUAUUUCAAUCUUUUAUUGAAAUAUUGUUGAAAAUAGAAAAAACUCAAAAUGAUCUUGAAGAAAUGUGGGCAGCAUGUUGUCGAGAAGCAAAUACUGAGAAUAAUGAUAAUUAUGUUCAACAAAUUCAAAAUUUUCAAAAAGAUUAUAGUCCGAAUGAUGCCAUUCGACUUUAUAGUAAAAAUUCAUUUCUUUUUCGAAGUAUCAAUGCUGCAUUACGAUGUGAAUCUAUGGAAAAGAUCUUCAUAUUUCAUCCAUUUAUAGCUCAUUUACAUCAACAACUAGUCGAAUUAGGUAGUCAACAACGAUCAAAAAGACAACGUUCAGAAUAUACAUUCUAUCGAGGUGCAAAAUUACCAAAACGUAUUAUACAACAAUUAUCCGAUAAUAAAAAUAAUCUUAUAUCAAUGAAUGGUUUUCUUUCAACGACAAAAAAUAAAACAGUAGCAAAUGCGUAUGCUGAUCCCGACAAUCCAGUAUUGGGCUAUGAGUCAGUUCGAUUUGAAAUGCAUCUUGAUGAAAAUCAAUUAAAUGAAAUAAUCAUAAAUAAACGUCCGUACGCUGAUAUUUCGAAUAACAGUGAUCAUCGAGAUGAAGAUGAAGUUCUUUUCUUUAUGGGAUUUAUUUGGUACAUAAAAUCUGUUGAACAAACAGCAGAAAAUCUUUGGAAAGUUGAAUUAGAACUAUCAACAGACGUACACGUACAUAUGAACAGUCAUUUGGAUGAAUCGACAAACAGUUGUGAUUAUUUCGCAUUAGGCAGAAUUACGCAUGAACUUGGAGAAUAUACUAAUGCUAUUAAUUUUUAUAAACGCAUGCUUAGAUUAUCACCAAGUUUUUCACAAUAUGAUCGUGCUAGGAUUUAUCUUUACAUUGCUAAAUCAGAAUACGCAAAUAAUGCAUAUGAAAAUGCAAUUGAAAAUCUUCAAAAAUCACACGAAAAUAUUUGCAACAUGUCCAUAUCAAAUGAUGAACCAAAUUUUCCUCUUCAACCAAAUUAUGCAGAUGAUGCAGAACUUUCAAAAAUAUCCAUGUUAACAAAUAUGGGUUUAGUUUAUCGACAAAUAAAUAAUUACGAAAACGCAAGAGCUUCAUUUGAAGAAGCUCUUCGACAAUCUGUUUCAAAUUCAGACAAAGCUGCAUUACACUAUGCUCUUGGUGAAUUAGAGUUUGAAUUUAAUCGUUCUGUUGAAGCAAAUAACCAUUAUCAUCUAGCACUUGAACUAACUGAAGAGCAAUCCCUGAAAGAAAAAAUAAAUAGAAAAUUAAAACGCGGUUAA